UUUGAUAUCCAACUUCUCUCUGCAGUUUGCUCAUGUGUGAAAUCCAACCUUCACUAUAGAUUCAAGCUAUUGGAGAUAAUUUCAGCAAUUUUAUGCUCACUUAGUCUCUGAAACCUGAACAGUUGGCAGGCCCCCCGAUCUGAUCAGCCGACCCAAAGUUUCCCUUUAGGUGUGGGUUUGAACAUAGAUUUGAUAAGCACUUGAGAGGAUAUUGACAAUUUUUUCAUUUUUGACAGAUCGUCUUGUGUAUUGAUAGGUGACAAUUCUGCCAGAAGGCCCUACUCUCUACCCUUGCUGCCACAAUAAAGGUCCCGUGCUACGACCAGGUACAUGUGCGGUCAACCACGCAACUAGCCUGCAGGACAUCAAUCCGUAAAGCAUUGGACACUUGUAGUGUUACAUUUGAAGGGUGGAUGUGGAAAUAGAACUGAUUAAAUGCAAAGAUGUAUCGAAAACCACAAGAGUAUUUGUAAAACUGAGUUUAACUUGGGAGUUGGCAGCUUUUUAUCGAACAUGAAUGGCAGACGUUGGUGAAUUUCCCUCGACCAGCUGUGGAAUAUAAAUGGUUGCUAUGACGAAUCGUAGCUACUCCAGCUCUGAACUGGGUGUUCCGGACCGGGACUUCUCACCCCGCCUGAACCAUCUUUAUUCUCCGCUAUCAAACUAUUCAAAUAUUUCCCAUGAUGCAUCUUACGCCGGAAGUCAGCAUGGGGGAUUUCAUGACAUGUCUAUCUCUGAACACGAAUUUGUGUCACCGAGACAUGAUGUUUCCAUAGGACAAGAGUACAAAUCUAGUGACUAUGACGAUUAUUCACAUAUAAACUUCCCCAGCAGACGGGCGAGGAGUGGGGCCCCAGACCCACCCCUAAGAACCAGUAGUGUCACGUCCUUCGCCUCUGACUACAUGCAGAGGUCAUACCCUAGCAGCAAUCAACAGUAUUACAGUCACCGUAGCAACAGUACUCAUCAUAAUUAUAGCCAAUCACGGAGGAAGACAUGGUCCCCCUCUCAAAUCAAGAAGGACAUGGUUGGAGGAUAUCGAAUGAAUCUCACGAAUGGCCACCCAGUGCCUGAAGGUCAUGAGGUCAAUAGGUCAGAUGACAGUGAGGCUGGACCCCCAAAGCUCACCCCUUUCAGUGGAAUGCUUACAAAGUUUGCGCACCUGAAAAUCCCUGUUGCCCUGUUGGUAGACAUUGAUUUCAGCACCAGGAACUGGUUUCAAGUGGUGGAAGCAGGCUUCGCUAUGGAGCUGGAGGAAGAUGGAGGGUACUGCACGCUGUCUCCUUCUGCUGAGUCACCAGCUAAGGGCAUAAUCCGACCGAUUGCCUUCAAACCGGUGGUCAUCUCCAAUCACAACUAUGUAAAUACUCGUCAUUUUGACCAAAAGACUCCGCAGCAGGACGAUGGCUAUGGGUCUCAGGACUACCCGAUGACCAAUCAAAAUGCAGCAGACAUGUCACAUGGGUCAUUGCAUAUGGACAGUGACAGGUCAACAAGUUACUCUAGUGACAGUCAAAAAUUGUACACGCCUGAGCGACCUGAAUCCACCCGGUCUUCUUGCAUCAGUCACGCUUCGUCGAUGAGGAUGGAAGGAUACAUCCAGACUCCCUCCCCAAGUGAUUCCGGGGUGGGGGAGCUAGAAGCUAUGCUGAAAGAGAAAGAUGCUGAGAUUAAUACCCUGAGGGAUGUUAUGGAUAAGAAUGAGCGUGCCAUAUUCCAGGUCUAUGAGGAGAAAAAACACUCAUGGAGUCAAGAAAUCAAGGAAGUUCGAGAUGAGUACGAAAAGAAAUUGAAGCUAGAACAAAGGAAGGCCUACAAAACAGAACAGACACUGUCCCUCCAAGUGUACAAACUCCAGCAGGAGAAAAAGACUUUGAUCGAGAGAGUGGAGGAAAUGCAGGCGCAGUAUAGAAAACUACAGCAAAAGUGUGACUCUUAUGAAAAAGAGAACGACAGCCUGCGAUCGCAGGUGGUCAAUGUCUCGUUACAAGGGGACAGAACUGCGGAAGACAUGGAAGAUCUCCAGAGCCAGGUGGAAAUUCUAAACCAAAGUCUCUCUGAAAAAUCAGUGGAAAUAUCUGAGCUCCAGUCAAAAUUGCAACAUUAUGAAUCGGAGAGUCAGAGGAAGGACUUUCAACUCGGUGAAAAAUUCAGAGAAGUUUUGGCAAAAACUGAAGAACUGAAAUCCUUACGUGCUAACCUUCGCAGAGUAUCCAAUAACAAUGUGAUGGAUAUACUGGACUGCAGCUUUAAUCAUAGUGGUGAGGAGUUCUCUGCCCCUGAUUUGGGGGACAGAUCCUCUCCCCUGACAAGUAGUAGGCUUACCUCCCCUUUAAGUCAUGGCCUACCACGCUCCUCUCCUCUCAGUAACAAAUCUAGUUCUUCUCUCAGCAGUGAGUCAGACAAAGACAAAGUGAUUCUACAACUCCAGAGGGAGCUGGAAGAGUUGAAAAACGGUUUAGUGGGUAAAAACGAAGUGUUUGAGAAAGAGAAAGAACAAUGGCUGGAUGAGAAGAACAAAGUUAUUCGUUACCAAAAGCAACUGCAGCUUAACUACGUGCAAAUGUACAACAAGAACAAAAUGCUUGAGGCAGAAGUGGAACAACUUACUCUGGAGCUUGAGAGUCGCGACAUGAAAUUAAUGGCAAUAAACGGGGAGGAAUCGAUGUGUUAGCUGCCGCACCUUAUAGAAAUUUACAAUGGUUCUAUGCAAAUGUGUAGCCAACUUUAAGAUCCCAAUUUUGAGCUCUUUCUCAGUUUCAUAAGAGGUGCAAAUAAAAAAAAUGUGUUCUUUUUUGACAUUUCGUAAUACUUUGUGUGAGGAAUUGCGCUAGCAUGCUCUGUAUUGGUGAAAAAGUAUUGGACAGUUUGUCAAUACAAUGACCAUAAAAUCAAUUGCAUUAGACAGUUUGGGGAACGAGUAAUGUGUUUGAAGUGUGCAUCAAUUUUUCAGCAGAAAAAAAUUGAGUCAUACCGAUUUUGGCAUUCUUUCAAAAGUGUCCAAGAUUAUGAGAAAAGCUAAUAUUUGAAGAAAAAAAAUGUGUGCUAGUGAGAUUCAAAGUGGUGCUGACAAUUUCCUUCUUUCUCAAAAAGUAUAUGUUUGUAACCAAUGGCAUACAAGUCAUCCUCAUUACCAAGGACACAAAGCAUUAAGAUUAAACUUGAUACCAGAUACAUUAGAUGUAUAAUCUCAAGGCAAUUUCUACCCAAGGAGAGGUAAAAAAAGUCUUGUAAGUGAUAUAUGGCUAUUUAAUUCUGGAGUUAGGUAUGACUCAACUUUACCAAGCUUUUUGUGCCAAAUAAUGGAUUAGUUAUAUAAACAGAGAAGUGAAAUCCAAAUAGCAUGUCUCUGUUUUUUCAUCUUGAGAUGACAACAAAACAAGUGGAUUGAGUCAGAUCUAUAAAUAGAUCAAGCUUUUUUUUAUCUACUGCAAGGUAGAUAGGUAAAUUUCUCUAUGAUUCAAUGAAUACACUGUAAACACCUACAAUAUACACCUGUGAUUUGUGCCUACAUUGUGUCAUAUAAGCAAGCAAUACUUGUAUAUAUAUUUGAUCUACAAAAUACUUAUGUACUCAAAAAUACAACAUUUUCAAUUUUAACACAAAAAGCAUGUGAACUACAAAUUGACAUGUUUUUUUAUUAUUAUUAUUAAAUGAUGAUUUGUUGAUAUCUUAAUGAAAAUACAUAUUUGGAGACCUCCCAACACUGGACAUUGAGAAGAUAUUCCUAUUUCUAGUCAUUUCUUUGUUGUUACUUGUACAGAAAUACUGUCAUAUUAAAAACUAAAAAAAAAAAAUCUUUCUUUCUUUAU